CUCUUAAACUGAGCGCUAAGAGGUUGAGACAGAGUAUUCGAGAGUGGUGUUUGUGUCCUUGACGUGUUUGUGUUCUGGAAGUUAGAGUUAGCAGAAGUUAACAGCAGAAGUGGCUCACUGUCAGUCAGACGUGACUUAAAGAGCAUGGCAGAGAAAGACAAGUGCUUCAGAUUAGUUUACAGAACUCACAGCAAUUUAUUUCUUUUUUUAUAUCGAGCCGCACUACGACAGAAUUUUACACAGACCAUCAUUCCAGAUCUCAUGCUGUAGACAUUUAGGCCUUUUAGCUAGCCGAGACUCCACUGCUUUACCUGUGUUGCUGAUAGUGAGGGCGGUCAGCAGUUGUUAUCGGGGGCAGCUAUGACCACCCUGCCUGGCUACACCGGAGCCAGAAUAUCAGGCUGUUGGGCUCUGCAGUCAGGUGGAGGUGGCAGUGGGGAGGACUCUCUGGACAGGCUCCUCCCCCCAGUCAACUACCCUCGCAGGAAGAGCACCACUCUGGGUAAGACAGAGCCACCGCUACUGCGCACAGGCACCCGCACCAUCUAUACUGCUGGCAGGCCACCCUGGUACAACGAGCAUGGAACACAGUCCAAAGAAGCCUUCGUCAUUGGCUUGUGUGGAGGCAGUGCAUCAGGAAAGACCACAGUGGCUAAUAAGAUCAUAGAGGCUCUGGAUGUUCCUUGGGUGGUUCUCUUAUCCAUGGACUCUUUCUACAAGGUUCUUUCUCCAGAAGAGCAAGCUCUAGCUGCUAGUAAUGACUAUAACUUUGACCACCCAGGAGCUUUCGACUUCCAACUUCUAGUGACCACGCUCAGGAAACUCAAACAAGGCAAGAGUGUGAAGAUCCCAGUGUAUGACUUCACCACGCAUGGACGACAGAAGGAAUGGAAAAAUGUCUAUGGGGCCAGUGUCAUCAUCUUCGAAGGGAUUAUGGCUUUUGCUGAUAAAGAGCUUUUGCAGCUCCUGGACAUGAAGAUCUUUGUGGACACAGACUCGGAUAUCCGGCUGGUACGGAGGCUAAAGAGAGACAUUUCUGAGCGUGGAAGGGACAUUGAGGGCGUCAUCAAGCAAUAUAAUAAAUUUGUGAAGCCGGCCUUCGAGCAGUACAUUGAACCCACCAUGAGGCUGGCAGACAUUGUGGUGCCACGAGGUGGGGGAAACAUGGUGGCCAUUGACCUGAUUGUGCAACAUGUUCACAGCCAGCUGGAAGAGCGAGAGCUCAGUGUCAGGGCACUCCUGGCCUCGGCUCACCAAUCCCAGCCUCUCCCACAGACUCUCAGUGUGAUGGAAAGCACUCCGCAAGUCCGAGGUCUCCAUACCAUCAUCAGGAAUAAAGACACCAGUCGGGACGAGUUUAUCUUCUAUUCAAAGAGACUGAUGCGGUUACUGAUUGAACACGCUUUGUCAUUCUUGCCUUCUAAGAGGAGUAUGGUGCAGACUCCGCAAGGUCAUGAGUAUGAAGGACGCACUUUCAGUGGGAAAGGGAUCACAGGUGUGUCUGUCCUGCGGGCAGGUGAGACUAUGGAGCCUGCUCUGAGAGCAGUGUGCAAAGACGUUCGCAUCGGCAAGAUACUCAUCCAGACAAACCUGGACUCAGGAGAGCCAGAGCUGCACUACCUGCGGCUGCCCAAAGACAUCAGUGAGGACCACGUGAUUCUGAUGGACAGCACUGUGUCCACAGGAGCAGCGGCCAUGAUGGCUAUCAGAGUGCUGUUGGAUCACGAUGUUCAAGAGGAAAAUAUCCUUUUAGUGUCUCUGCUGAUGGCUGAGCUGGGGGUCCACUCUGUGGCCUAUGCUUUCCCUCGUGUUAAAAUUAUUACCACUGCGGUGGACAAGAGUCUGGACGACUUCCUCCAUGUCAUUCCAGGGAUAGGGGACUUUGGAGAUCGCUACUUUGGAACAGAUGCCCCUUCGUCAUGGAGUGAUGAAGAGGACCAAGAACUGCCCAGCUGCUGAUGUACAGCUGUGUUUGUACUGUUGCAAGGACUGGACACUUUAUACUGGACACAUUAUUCCAGAUCCACUUUAACUAUUUUCCUAAUACAUGUCCUGUUAAUUGACAAGGACAGUUUGGCUUAUAUUACAGAUUUAGGGUUCUGCCAGCCAGAAUGGGAAUGGGAGCUGGGAUAGGCUCCAGCAACCCCACAACCCAGGAGAAUAAGUGGGUUAGAUGAUGAGCGAGAGCGAGAAUGGGCCUGUAUUUUGAGUACUGAAGACCCUCCUGAGGUGUUUAAGCAUCGUCUUCCACAUGGAUUAUUUUAUGAAACAUCAUACCUAAACAGUAAUUAACCAAAUAAUGACCCUUUUGUCAAGAAUUAAAGGAGGUAGGGUAGAUUUUUCAAGACAGGAACUAAGACUUUACCUCAUGUGAAUGAGAUGUACUCGUGUUUUUUGACCUGGUUUGGUUUGUUUUUAGUAAAAUGGCAGGAACCAUUUAUCUGUUCAGUUGUUGAAUAUCAUAAUCUUUAGACGAAGCUUAAUGCUGUUUAAGAGGAACUCCACCAGUUUUUUUAAAUUACUGCAUAAUUUGGUUGGUGAGAUGUAAACAGAGUGGUUUGAUUUGAAAUACUGCAUUGCAGAGAAACUGACUCUGAUUUCUUUAUAGCGGCGUUGAUAGGAAACGGGCUGCAAUGUCUAGAGUGCAAACAUAGACAUUUUAUUGAAAUGACCAGUGAACCUGCACAUCUCCUGAAUUCUGAAUGUAAUGUUGACAGUGUAAAAUGUUCGACCCUCUGUCAAGUGAAAAUAAGUUAUACUUUAGAGGGAACACACUUAAAUGUGGCAUCUGGAAUUUACCACACAAUUUUUAUUUAUUUGCUGAGUUUAAAUUCCUGGGAAAAUAAAAUGCACUGUUGUACAGGCCACAUUUGAUUUCUUUUCCCCAAUAAGUUAAACUCAGCAAAUAAGCAGUAAUAAAAAUAUUAAAAUGUACAAAAGUACAUGUAAUGCAAUGUCCUGCAAGUACCUCUCCAGCAUUAAUAUGUUUUAAAAAAAUAUGUCGCAGACCAAAACCUCGCAUAGUAUCAUAACACAAUGACGCACGCCUCAGGCAACAUAUGGUUAACAAUAGAAUGUAAGAGCUUUGAGUGAGGGAGCUUGCAGAGGCAUUAAACAGCUUUCACACGAAUCCACUCUGAAGGAGCAUUUACAUCUUAUUUUAUUAUGCAGAAUUUUUGACAGAAGAAAACAAACCUUUAACCUUCUCUCUUGUUUCUGUGUCUGUCACAGACAUAAAUACAUAAGGCUUUGUAGUCUAAAUACUGGCUUUAACAUUGUAACUGGGUGUAUUUAAUAUGUCAACCUGUCUCCACUCAGGAGAAAGUGGAGCACAUUGGUCAGUCCCCACAGUUUGAUGGAGCAUUUGAGGGCUUCUGUUAAAGCCACGUUUAAGGAUCCUCACCACCAGGUGGCAGUAUAUCUCUCUCGCUGUUUAAGGCAGUUACCAAGGAGCUGUGGCAUAAACUACGGGGGAGCUGUAGAGCUGUAAAGCCCAGUUGAGGGUUGAUGUGUAGAGUUCAUGAGGAAAGUAUACUGUGCAGAAUGCUGAAGUAAUAUAAGCUAUUUUUGCAGUCUGUAGCAAUGAGAAAUCAAAAGCAGGCCUUGAGUCAAACCUCACACAUCACUGAUGCAGAAAGGGCCAGAGAAACAGUUCUUUAGGAAUUAAUGCUGUGAUUGGCUUACAGGUCAUAACAGGCAUUCAGCUCAAGGGCCCACAAUCACGAUCCGUCCUAAAUGAAAAGAAGCAUGUUCCAGUGAAGUUAGAUUUGACAGCAUCAAGCUCUGAAAAGAGAGGUUGCACAUAGACGUAGAGGUAGGAAAAAAGGUGGAGAGAAAGGGAGUGAGAACGAGAGUCACGAUAAAAGUGAAGCAGCAGGACGUCUGUCCUCAUUGGCUCUGAUGGCUACAACAAACAAAUAAACACCUACCAGCAGCCAAAUUCUCCUAGUAACACAGCCGUACUUGGAAAAGAGUCUGUUUGACAACUCGCGCUGUCUUUACUUGGCAAAGCACAAACCUGUUGGACUUAACACCAGAACAUGAUUGCUCAGCAAGGCAUUAAUUAAGCUGUGACUCAAAUGUGUGAAGGCAGUACAGCAAACAAGGCCUAAGUGGCGUAGAUGGGAUGAUCGUGGUUUUAAAAAAGCUGGUCUGAUGUCUGAGCUGUGUCCAAAACUGUGCCCUAUUUACUGUAUGGGGCACUAUUUCAGGGUUCUGUGCUCUCAAACAAUCAACCAAUGCAGUGCAGUAGUGUGCAAUGCAGUUCGAGGCAGUGUACAAUCAUCAAACCUUAGAGGAUAGGAGAUACCCAUAAUGCAACGUUAUUUGGUUUGAAAAGCCCAGUUACAAUGGCAGCAUCUUCACAGAUCUCUCUUCAAACCUGUUGUAAGUGUAAGCUCUUCUCAUGCAUGCACUUACACAGAGAUGGAACCAUCGAUUGGCUGUGUUUCGGAUAUGUUUCUUAGCCGAUCUGGAGAGCUGAUCAGUGAUGUACAACAUAUGAUCCAUAUUUAAGGAUUGCUGGAGCCCUGCAGAAGGCUCCCUGGUCCCAAGACCCUGCAGUUCCUUGUUCAAAUGCUAGAGGGGAACACAGACCUUUUGACUACAGGACAAAAGGCCUAUUUACACAAAGUCUGAAAAAAAAACAAAAACGUGAAGUUUUGAAAACGAACAUACAGUACGUACACUAAGUAUCGGCCUGUAUCAGUAUCAGCCCCAAAAGCACUUGUUAGUCCAUAUCUGUGCUGGAUUGGUGGCCUGACCAUUAUAUUGUUUAUGUGGCAGAACCUGCUGUCACACAAUAAUGAACAAACCCGUAUGAGGUAGCGUCCAAAGUCGCUUACUACCCUGAUGAAUUCUGUUCCCUGAUGAAAUUGUUCAGAUUUUCAGUAAAAAUUCAACUGGAACUUGUAAUAACUAGGGAAAAAAUGAUGAGCACUUGUUAAAAUCUUUCAUACUGAUAAAGAUGUGCGUGCCAUUACGUCAACUGGAAAAGCCAUGAAAUGUAACUGGAGCAAACUGAAGUCUUUUUAAGCUAAAACAGAAUUCAUACAUACGUUUGCAGCACCGUCAUGAUACACAGCAUGCAUCUCAGUAUUUAGUUGAUCUGAUUUGGUAAGUCUGACGGAGCCGGCAGUACCACGUUCAAAAACAUCAGAAGCUGAAGACAAUGACUGACUCAGUGUUUGCCGAACACCAAAUCUGCACUAGUUCUGUAAGAACUAACGAAGUACUAACACAGAAACGUCGACUGUGACAUUUUUAUCAUAAUCACCAUGUUACCCAGCCCUAAUUCAUGCUAUUAAAAGUUGAGUUUCGAUGUGGUAGAAUUUCGUUUUUUACAUGGUUUAUUUAGUAUUUGUAAUAAUUUUACUUGUUCAAAUUUCAUUUCAGAUGUCAGGAAAGUUUGGAAUGUAAAAGCUGAAACAGCACAUGGAUGUGAUUAGUAGAACAUGUGAUCGAUUAGUAAUGACUAGUACAAACAGGUGUAGGUCAUGACCAGCCCCACAUAUACUCGACAAAAGAUGGUCCUUAAAGGCGUGUCUAUCAAAGGCAAUGGUUCUAUUUAGAACCCUUGUAUGGUUCUGUACCGAUGACUUUUUUUGAAAGUGGUAUGGAGAUUUUAACAAUGUAAGAACUCUUUUUGGUGCCAUAGAGAA